UGAAAGCGCGCCCCAUCAAUCACAACCCCCGUAAUUAAAUACCUGGCAGUUGGCGAGCGUAUUCUUUCCAAGGGUCGCAGGACACGUGCUUGGAAAGCGUGGGAAUAUUUAUUGGGCCGACACCCUCGCUCUAUUUCGAUCCGAUUUUUUAUUCCGGAGAGGUAAAGUGAACAUGUGCUGCAAGUGAUGGCGAGAUUCGAGCAACUUUGUGCGGUUGUUGUCAACGCAAAACUGUUAUUGACACUUUGCACAAAGAGAUGGCGAGCUCUGAGGGGAGAAGAAUACAAAGAAUCCAUGCAAAAGCAUGGUUUUGGGACUGUUGAUCCUCGCGUGCCUCUGGGGGCCCUUGUCGGCGCUGUGCCCGUCGCAGUGUAGCUGCUACCUGGACCCCAGGGGGCGCAAUGCCGUCCUGUGCAAGGACGGCGGUAUCGUCGGCCCUCUCGACCUCUUCAACAUGAGCGCCGACACGGAAGUGCUGAAAAUAACGGCGCCGGAAGACAACAUGAAUCAGCUCACCAUGAGCCCCAUCUUCUCCAACUACAAGAACUUGGAGGAGAUUCACAUCACGCGCUCCAACAUUCCCCAAUUGGGAAUGCACUUUUUUCUCAAAUUGAAGAAGCUGGACGUGCUGGACCUGUCCCAGAACAACAUCACGCAGCCGCUCGAUCACAACUUCAGGGGAUUGAUGAGGCUGAAGGAGCUGUACUUGGACGAUAACAGGAUCAGCUCGCUGCCGAGCGGCACGUUCCGCUUCUUGGAGGAGCUGAAGGUCUUGUCCAUUCAGAGGAACAGGAUUGCGGAGUUGACGCCGAGGAUUUUUCUAGAGAUUGGCAAGUUGAAGGUGCUGAAGCUGAGCGGGAAUCACCUGCAGGAGCUGAAUCCGGUUGUCUUCGAGGACGUGAGGGAGUUGAAAUCUCUGGAAUGCCGUUCUUGCGGUUUGGCGCAAAUCGAUAAGCAAGUGUACGAGUUGUUGCCGCAUCUGACGCACUUAGAUCUGGGUGAUAACUUGCUGACUUCAAUCACACCCGAGGAGUUUUCGCCGUUGACUAAUCUGCGGCAUUUGAAAUUGGACGGGAACCGAAUCACUGCCAUAAAAAGCUCAGUAUUUCCCAAUCAACACGAGUUGAAAAGACUGACUCUCGCACGCAACCGCAUCACGAAAAUAUCUCGCAACGCUUUCGCCAAUUUACAUAAUCUCACCGAAUUGGACUUGAGUCACAAUAAGUUCGAGAAUCCCGAAAACGGCCUGUUAGAACCUGUUGCUGCCACUUUGGAGGUUCUUUCACUCAAUGGAAAUCAUUUAAGUGUUCCCACCUUGAAAAGCUUGCUAAAUGACCUCCGAAUAAAAGAACUACAUUUAGCCGAUUGCGGCCUCUUCGAGCUGGGGAAACUCGUUCCAGACACCGUUCAAGUACUAAGUCUCGGAAACAAUUACAUUUCCUCGUUAGCACCGGAAGCGCUCCCGGAAAGUCUCGCCGAACUCGACAUAACCGGAAACAAAUUCGUCGGUUUGGAUAACGACCUGUUGGCCAGACUUGACCACUUGAAGCGCCUCGAGCUGGACGGCAACCCUUGGGCCUGCGACCUGUGCCACAUCGUGCCGUUGCUGGAAAGGGCCAACCGGAGCUCCGCCGUCCGGAACCUCCAGUGCGCCCAGCCCUACUCCCUCAAAGGCAUGAAGCUCGGAGCCUUGCACUUCCACGAGCUGACCUGGUGCACCGUCCCGUCGACGGCCAGCGACGCCAACUUCUUCCUCCUCGGCGACGACGGCCGGCUGGGGCUGAUCGCCGCUGGAACGUCGGUGGCGCUCCUCUUCUUCACAGUGGUGGGUGUGCUGGGGGUGCUGCUUUACUCGCGCCGGCACGCCGCCAAGUACUACACCCACGAGGACAAGCUGGCCAUGGACGGAGACUCCAUCUUCGAGAAUCACAGUCCUCUCUUUGGCGACGAGCGCGAGCUCAGCUUCAAAUUCCCCCUGGACGGUGAGCGAAAAGUGUCCGUGGCGACCAUCGACGAGAUAAAAAAAGAACAUGCAAUCAGUAACGGGACGUGAAAGACUGAUAAUUCCGUUCCGUAGUGUUUGUGACGAGAGUUUCCUCUUUUGUAAAUAUCAUUUCGACGAGUGGUGCCCAGUGAAUGAACGGCUGUCUUCCUUUUUUCGGAAACGUUUGAAACGAGCUGUGAAUCGUGCUAAAUUAAUGGAGAUGGAAUAUUUUUGAGAAACAACGAGUCUGUCAAUUUUAUACGGCCUAUUUUGUGUAAAACACUGCUUUUUUGACAUCGUCAAAAUAAUCAUUCCUGGCUGCAUUUUGUGUAAAGUCGCGUCAGUCCUGUGACUUGUUCCUGUCACUUUCCUCGAUGCGUCGCUAAUAAGUACUUAAUUUAAGUUAACGUGUGAUUUGUCUUAACAAUGAUAUUUUGAGUAAGAAGCUUUUACAAUUUAUAUAAUUUUAGAUGGUAUAUAUUUAUGAACCGCACUGUACAAAAUGUGAGAUUGUUAAUUAAAUUAAAAUUAAUGUUUCGUAAA